UGCCCAUCGCUUUGUCAUCAUGACCACCGGUGAGGACACAGAAGCAUCCCUGUGGCCGGAUCGGGCUCAUCCAGCUCAGACUGAAGGCCUGAGUCUUGAGGAGGGUGAAGAGCCGACCGGUGGUCUUACUGGAAGCACUGGAGCAUCUUGGGAGUCGACUGGCAGCGUGACAGAGGUGAAAGAGAAUGCACAGCUUCCAUACCCGACCCUGGCGCCAGUGGUUUUCUUCUGGCUCCACCAGAGCACAAGACCCCGGAGCUGGUGCCUCGCACUUGUGUGCAGUCCAUGGUUUGAGCGGGUCAGCAUGUUGGUGAUUCUGCUCAACUGCGUCACACUCGGCAUGUUUCAGCCCUGCCAAGACCUGGAGUGCCACACGGACCGCUGCAGCAUCCUGCAGGCGUUCGAUGACUUCAUCUUUGCAUUUUUUGCUGUGGAGAUGGUGGUUAAAAUGGUGGCCUUGGGGGUGUUCGGUCCCAAAUGUUACCUUGGAGACACCUGGAACCGCCUCGACCUGUUUAUCGUCAUGGCCGGGAUGCUGGAGUACUCUUUAGAUGGCCAUAAUGUUAGUUUCUCAGCCAUCCGAACCGUCCGUGUUCUCAGACCUUUACGAGCCAUCAACAGAGUUCCCAGUAUGCGGAUUCUGGUGACAUUGCUGUUGGACACUUUGCCGAUGCUGGGAAACGUCUUGCUGCUUUGUUUCUUUGUGUUCUUCAUCUUCGGGAUUGUAGGUGUGCAGCUUUGGGCCGGGCUUCUCCGCAACCGCUGUUUCUUUGACAACAACAUCAGAAUGCUAUAUAAUGUUUCGGGGUCUGUGAGUGAAUAUUACAGAGCAGAUGAAACGGAUGACAUCCCCUUCAUCUGCUCCACCAACCGGGAGAACGGGAUGCUGCGCUGCUCCAAUGUCCCGAAACGCAGAGUCGCAGGAGCCGAUUGUGAACUCACAGCUGAUAAUGUCACAGAGCUUGUUUUCAAAGAGGCUCCUCAUCACGGAUGUGUGAACUGGAACUUGUAUUACAACACCUGCAAUGCCAGCGAACACAAUCCACAUAAUGGAGCCAUUAACUUUGACAACAUUGGAUAUGCUUGGAUUGCAAUCUUUCAGGUCAUCACGUUAGAGGGAUGGGCGGAUAUCAUGUAUUAUGUCAUGGAUGCUCAUUCCUUUUACAACUUCAUCUAUUUCAUCUUCCUUAUCAUCGUAGGCUCCUUCUUCAUGAUCAAUCUGUGCCUGGUCGUCAUUGCCACACAGUUCUCCGAGACCAAACAGCGCGAGAACCAGCUUAUGCAGGAGCAGCGUGCUCGAUUUCGCAGUAACGAAUCCACCUUGGCCAGCUUAGCCGAACCCGGAUCCUGCUAUGAAGAAAUGUUAAAAUACCUCGCUCACGUUUGCCGCAAACUCUGGCGUCAUGUCGUUCGCAUCUAUGGGAAUUUAUGCCCCAAAAGGCGAAGGGGAGUGGCUAACCCUGGCACCUCCCUCUCUGUGGGCGGGACUAAUGGAUAUUGGAGCGAUAAUGGGACAAAGAUGGGUCCGAGUCAGUACUGUAUGCUGCAUUAUCAUCACCCUCACCAACAUUACAUAAGCAAUGGCAUAGAAAUGAAAACACUUGAGCUCGAUAGAGAUGCUCAUAUUGCCAAAAAGACGCCAUCUCUCCCACUUGCACUACAGAAUUUAAAGGGUUUGAGACUUGGGAUGAACUAUCCCACAAUCUUGCCCUCCAAAAUGUACACAAAUUCACAUGCUCGUGGAGUAAAACCUCCAGCUUUUCAUCAUGGACUUUACGGCAGAAAGAUCUCUGUUUGUGGUGGAUAUCAUGACACUUACAAGCUGCAGCACGGUGUGUAUCCUGGCACGUGUUCGAGUGUGUGUGUGGACAGCAGGGUGGGCCUGGUGUCUUCCCAAUCGUCCUCCUGCCCAAUUUGCGCCCAGGAAGGUGAUGGUGUUAAUUGUGACUCCAACGGUGAAUCAGACCCUGAGAAACAAGGGCCAGACAGGAAUUGUGUGUGCAUGUGUGUUCAUUAUGCCAGAGCCGUUCUGAGGCGGAUUGUGGACAGCAAGUACUUCAACAGAGGGAUAAUGAUAGCAAUCCUUAUCAAUACGCUCAGCAUGGGAGUGGAAUACCAUGAACAGCCGGAUGAGCUGACAGACGUGUUGGAGAUCAGUAAUACUGUCUUCACGAGUUUGUUUGUGUUAGAGAUGCUCCUGAAGCUCUCAGCCUGCGGUCUGUUCGACUACAUUAGCAACCCCUACAACAUCUUUGACGGGAUCAUCGUCAUCAUCAGUGUGUGUGAGAUCGUGGGACAGGCGGACGGAGGGUUUUCUGUGCUGCGGACAUUUCGUUUGCUCAGAGUGUUGAAGCUGGUGCGGUUCCUCCCUGCUCUGCGCCGGCAGCUGGUGGUGCUCAUGAAGACCAUGGACAACGUGGCCACUUUCUGCAUGCUGCUCAUGCUCUUCAUCUUCAUCUUCAGUAUAUUGGGAAUGCAUCUGUUUGGGUGUAAGUUUACUCUGCGUUUGGAGAAUGGAGACACCGUGUCGGAUAGGAAGAACUUUGACUCGCUCCUCUGGGCCAUCGUCACUGUUUUUCAGAUUUUGACGCAGGAGGACUGGAAUGUGGUUCUGUAUAACGGCAUGGCCUCCACAUCCCCAUAUGCAGCUCUGUACUUUGUGGCCUUGAUGACAUUUGGGAAUUACGUCCUCUUCAAUUUACUGGUUGCCAUCUUAGUAGAGGGUUUCCAAGCUGAGGGCGAUGCUAGCAGAUCAGACACUGAUGAUGACAUGUCGUCUGACUACGGUGAUGAGGACAAACUGAGAGAACUACUGAACUCAGGAACAGAGAUGAAAAUGCAGACAUUAAUGCCCAUCUCCAACGGACACCUGGAGCCUCGGGCAUCAAUGCCACCUAAUAGCACACACGUCCAGUUUAACAGCACGCCCAGAACUGAGGUUUCUCACAUCUACAGUCAGUCACGGCGCAACAGCAACACCUCCACUGAACUCCAUGACCAGAGAUCCCUGAGCUGGUGUCUCAUUCUGAAGAGACUGCUGGAGCCGUAUAAACCCCAGUGGUGCAGGGACCAUGAGGACUGGUCACUUUAUUUAUUUUCCCCUCAGAAUAACUUCCGCAUGCGCUGUCAGAAGGUCAUCACUCAUAAGAUGUUUGAUCAUAUUGUGCUGUUCUUCAUCUUCUUCAACUGCAUCACAAUCGCUCUGGAGAGACCUGACAUCCAACCCGACAGCACAGAGCGCAUUUUCCUUAAAGUCUCCAACUACAUCUUCACUGUGAUCUUUGUGGCUGAAAUGACCGUGAAGGUGGUUUCUCUUGGGCUGUAUGCCGGUCCAGGCUCGUACCUGAAGAGCAGCUGGAAUGUUCUAGACGGUCUUCUGGUGUUUGUGUCUAUUGUGGAUAUUCUGGUCUCUCUUGCCUCCUCUGGCGGGAACCGGAUUCUGGGCAUCUUGCGAGUUCUUCGGCUGCUAAGAACACUCAGACCCUUGAGGGUCAUAAGCAGAGCUCCUGGACUGAAGCUGGUUGUUGAAACAUUGAUCACAUCUCUCAGACCUAUUGGGAAUAUUGUGUUGAUCUGUUGUGCUUUCUUCAUUGUCUUUGGCAUUCUGGGAGUUCAGCUCUUUAAGGGGAAGUUUUAUCAUUGUGAAGGCUUUGACACUAGAAAUAUCACCAAUAAAUCAGAGUGCCUGCAGGCUAAAUACAAAUGGAUCCGUCGGAAGUACAACUUUGAUAACCUGGGUCAGGCGCUGAUGUCAUUAUUCGUCCUGUCAUCUAAAGACGGCUGGGUCAACAUCAUGUACGAUGGAUUAGAUGCCGUAGCUGUAGACCAACAGCCCAUAAGGAAUCACAAUCCCUGGAUGCUGCUGUACUUCAUCUCCUUCCUGCUGAUCGUCAGCUUCUUCGUGCUGAACAUGUUCGUUGGUGUGGUGGUGGAGAACUUCCACAAGUGUAGACAAGACCAGGAGGAAGAGGAAGCCAGACGGAGAGAGGAGAAAAGACAGAAGCGCAUGGAGAAGAAACGCAGAAAGGCCCUGCAGAGACCGUACUAUGCAGACUACUCUCCAACACGCCUCUAUAUUCACACACUCUGCACUAGUCAUUAUCUGGACAUCUUCAUCACCAUCAUCAUCGCCAUUAAUGUACUCACAAUGUCAAUGGAGCACUACAGACAGCCCAAGUAUCUAGAUGAAGGUUUGAAGUACUGCAACUAUUUCUUCACACUGGUCUUUGUGAUCGAGGCAGCACUCAAACUGGUUGCCUUUGGCUUUAGGAGGUUUUUCAAAGAGAGGUGGAAUCAGUUAGACUUGGCCAUUGUUCUUCUCUCCAUCAUGGGCAUCACGCUUGAGGAAAUUGACCUGAAUGCUUCUCUGCCCAUCAACCCGACCAUCAUACGCAUCAUGAGGGUGCUGCGGAUCGCCAGAGUGUUGAAGCUGUUGAAGAUGGCCACAGGAAUGAGAGCUCUUCUGGAUACUGUAGUUCAAGCGUUACCACAGGUUGGUAAUCUGGGUCUGCUCUUCAUGCUGCUAUUCUUCAUCUAUGCGGCACUGGGAGUCGAACUCUUCGGCAAACUUGAUUGCACUGAGGAGAACCCCUGUGAGGGUUUGAGCAGACAUGCCACAUUUCAGAACUUCGGCAUGGCUUUCCUCACUCUCUUCCGUGUUUCCACCGGAGACAACUGGAACGGCAUCAUGAAGGAUACCCUGCGGGAAUGUAAAAAUGACAAAUGUCUGAGUUAUCUGCCGCUCUUGUCGCCUCUGUACUUUGUUACGUUUGUGCUGAUGGCUCAGUUUGUGCUGGUGAAUGUCGUGGUCGCUGUGCUCAUGAAACAUUUAGAGGAGAGUAAUAAAGACGCCCGCGAGGAGGCGGAGAUGGAGGCGGAGUUAAGACAGGAGCUUCAGGCAGGUCGCAGACAGAGUACCGCCUCUGUGGGAGGAGCCACCGGGCUUGAGUGUACAGAUGUUAAAAUGGAGACACUCUCACAUGAUCAGGGAAAAGAUCCCAAUUAUGGCAACUUCCUGACAGUCGGAAGGCCGUCUAUAUCACGCAUGCUGUCCUUACCUAAUGACAGCUACAUGCUGUAUCCUAUUAAGCCGCUAUAUGGGUCCAUUCACGAGAGAUCCUCCAAACAGGGUUUUUUUUCAGGCUCGUCUCUGUCUCUCGGCACACAGCCCUGUGAAGACAGUGCCGUAAUGCAGGUUCCAGGAGCUGCGUCUCAGACAAGCCUGGCCUCCAUUCCUGCUCCCCGUCCUCUAAAUCAAAGAGCAAGAGCUAGCAAUGCCUUCAGAGGCCUGCAGAGACAGCAAGCAAUAAAGAGUGAUUCCAUUGACUCCACCAACGCUGACUCCAGAGACGCCUUACAAAUCCCCAGCAAGCCCUGCUCAAGCGAUAAUCUGCAUCUCAAAGUCCCCAGCAUUCCCAUCGGCGGCAGAUCAGCCCCCUGUUCACCCCAGACCUCCCCUCCUCCUCCCAUCCGCAACCGAACCUCCAGCGUACAAACAAACAGACAUGUGUACAGCCAGCGCAGCAUCCCCUGCCGACCAAUACAGCUCAUCAAACCUCAUCCAGACGAGACUGUCCGACUCAACACCAACAGAAGAGCAUCCCGCAACAGUUUGUCCCCUCACAACCCAUCCCUCUCUUCCGACACCCAGUCUCAGGAUUCAUUGCAUGCUGGAGCGCCCCGCCAACAGGAUACCAGUCUACGGAAGUACAACAGCAUGGAAAACAAUGGCUUCCUUUCUCAGCCCCAUAUCCCACGACGACACUCGACGCAUGGAGAGGAGUUGCGUCUUCAACAGGAUCCACCAUCAUCAACAUCAUCAUCAUCCCAUAUGCCCAGAAAGGAUAAAAUGAGUCCGCCGUGCAUCUCCAUUGAGCCUCCCACUGACCCUGAGUUUGUAAGCCAGGAAUGCUCCUCAGUCCUUCGGCGACGGACUCCAUCAUUUGACUCGGCUCUUCCACGUGAGUCCUUAGAUCUUCCGGACUCCCAGGACGAGCCUCAUUUGCCCAGUCGUUUGCCCCUCCCACAGUUCUCCCUUGACCAAUCGGAUGUUAGUUCUCUGAGCAGCCUGUCGGAGCUGCUUUCGGAUAGUGACCAGUCCACGCACUCGUUUGCCCACGAGAGCCGCUCGGGGUUUGUGGGAGAUGCAGCUCACAGUCCACUCAGGAAGAAGGUCUUGGUCCGAAUGGCCAGCACUAGGGAUCCGGGAAAUGAGGAUUCACUUGCCUAGUCGCCCGCUUUCCCUAUCCGCCUCUUUUUUCUGAUUGGACGAGGGAAGAGGGAGGCGUAGGCAAAAGUAUGCAAAUGUGUUUCUGAUGGAACUGAUGUUUCCUUGCCUGAUCAUAUUGAUUGGGGAACUUUUGUUAGUGUUCGUCACGCACAUCGAUAUUUGUGACGUUUUACGUGAAAUUCCAUCACAGAAUCCAUGUUGCAUAUAAAAUAUAAUUACUGCACACGAUGGCGCGGUUUUAACCCUCAUGUACUUUGUAAAGCCUGCAGUACUAUGUCAGAAACAUUUUUUAAUUAUUAGUGAGUGUCAUAUUUGACCAGUGUUUCCCAACCCUGUUUCUAAAGGCACACCAACGGUACAGAUUUUCAACCUCUUCCUAUUCACACACACCUGAAUCAACUCAGAGCAUUAAAUAAGACUCCAAAACUUGAAAUGAAUGGGUCAGAUAAUGGAGAAAUCCAAAAUAUGUACUGUUAGUGUGCCUCCAGGAACAGGGUUGGGAAACAUUGUAUUUGACUAUAAUAUGAGACAGUAGAACAUGAAGCUCAUACUCAUGGAAAACCAAAAAAUUCAGAGGCUUAAACAGAGUAGAAAAUGCAGAUUAAGGAAAACAUUAAGAGACCACUUGAA